UUUUUUUAUUUCUACCUUAUUAUAAAAUCAAAAAAUAAAAUCUAAAAUCUCUGCAUUUUACAGAGCUUAUACAAGUACUAUAGCUUAUACUACGUAUAAAAAAAAAGUUGUGAUCUUUUUUGUACUUCAUUUUCAUCAUCAACUCAAAAACAUGUUAACUUCAAGGCUAAUACCCACAAUCAAGCCAAAUCUGAAUGAUCCAUCAGAAUUUCACCGGAGAUUCACCGGAGUAGGAAUCUCCGGCACCGGAAAAAAUGCUAGAACAGCCACUAGGAAGAUGACACGUGGGAUGAGGGUGAGAGCAGUAAUCAGCAAUGGUGACAGGACAGUGGAAUCUGGUGCACCCUCAACAAUGGAGGUAAAAGAGGGAAGUGGGCCCACUUUAUUGGGUGCUUCUGAAAGUGGGUUUGUUAAAGUCAAAGCAAUUGUUAGUAUUAAGAAGAAGAUUAGGCAGAGAUUAGUUGAUAAACUUGAAGAUCAAUGGUUUAAUUUUCUUAAUAAUAUUGGUCAAGCUAUUUUUCUUCAGCUUAUUAGUGAGCAGAUUGAUCCUGAUACCAAUUCAGGAAAGAGUGUAGAGGGUUACGUGACCGAGUGGCGGCCUAGUUCAUCAGAACUGCCAUACAUUGAAGAAUAUACUGCCAGUUUUACAGUUCCUUCUGACUUUGGUAUUCCUGGAGCAAUUCUCGUUACGAAUAAGUAUAAUAAGGAGUUCUAUUUGGUGGAGAUUGUUCUUGAUGGAUUCGAUAAUGGACCUGUUUACUUCCCGGCAAAUUCAUGGAUUCAUUCCUGUAAUGACAAUCCUGAGAGCAGAAUUAUCUUCAGAAAUCAUACAUACUUACCAGCACAAACACCGCCUGGCAUAAAAGAUCUACGAAGGGAGGACUUGCUUAGUCGUCGUGGUGAUGGGAAAGGAGAAAGGAGGUUACAUGAGAUGAUUUAUGAUUAUGCUCCAUAUAAUGAUUUGGGAAAUCCUGAUAAAGAUGAUGACCUCUUUAGGCCUGUUCUUGCUGGCUCUGAACGACCUUAUCCAAGGCGUUGUCGCACUGGAAGGCCACCUAUGAAAUCUGUUCCGAUAUGUGAGAGUAGAAUUGAGAAACCUCAUCCAGUAUAUGUUCCUCGUGAUGAAGCUUUCGAGGAGAUGAAGCAGGCAACAUUUGCUACUGGAAGACUGAAGGCUGUUUUACACAAUUUGGUGCCUCAGAUUGCUUCUGCUUUGGCUAGUUCGGAUAUCCCAUUCACCUGCUUUUCUGACAUUGACAACCUGUAUAUCAAAGGUUUUAUGGUACCAGAAGACAAUGUGGCUGAAAAGAUUAAUAGCAUAAAGAAAUUGCUCAACAUGAGUACUACACUCUUCAAGUAUGAUGUCCCUGCUGUUAUCAAAAGUGAUAGAUUUUCUUGGCUGCGGGAUAAUGAAUUUGCACGCCAGGCUUUAGCAGGAGUUAAUCCUGUGAACAUUGAACUACUAAAGGAAUUUCCUAUCACGAGCAAAUUGGAUCAAGCAGUUUAUGGCCCUCCAGAAUCAAAGAUCACGAAGGAAGUACUUGAGGGAGAACUGGAUGGAAUGAGUGUCGAAGAGGCCAUUGAAAAUAAGAGGCUGUUUAUAAUAGAUUAUCAUGACCUCUUACUUCCUUUUGUCAACAAGAUAAACGACUUACCAGGAAGAAAAGUAUAUGCUUCUAGAACAAUUCUUUUCUAUACCAGUGCCGGGACUCUUACACCUGUUGCUGUUGAGCUUUCGCUUCCUCCCACUGAUUCUUCCCCUGCAUUUAAUCGCGUUUAUACUCAUGGACAUGAUGCUACAAGCUAUUGGAUCUGGAAGUUGGCGAAAGCCCACGUUUGUGCAGUUGAUGCAGGCGUGCAUCAACUAAUAAAUCACUGGUUGAGGACUCAUGCUAGCGUGGAGGUUUACAUAAUUGCUACUAAUAGACAGCUGAGCCAAAUGCAUCCUAUUUACAAGCUCCUGCAUCCACAUAUGCGAUACACUAUGGAAAUCAAUGCCCUUGCUCGACAGAGCUUGAUCAAUGGAGGAGGAAUCAUUGAGGCCUCUUUUACCCCUGGAAAAUAUGCUAUGGAGAUCAGCUCUGCUGCCUACAAAAGUAUGUGGCGGUUUGACAUGGAGGCACUGCCAGCUGAUCUACUUCGAAGGGGAAUGGCAGAAGAGGAUCCCACAGCACCCUGUGGAGUGAAACUGGUGAUUGAAGACUACCCUUAUGCUGCUGAUGGCCUUCUCAUAUGGUCUGCCAUCAACGAAUGGGUUGAAUCCUAUGUUUCACACUUCUACCCCGACUCCAGUGCCAUCACCUCGGAUGCUGAGCUCCAAGAAUGGUGGAAAGAGAUCAAGGAAAAAGGCCAUGCUGACAUGAAAGAUGAACCUUGGUGGCCUAAACUUGAAUCCAAAGAGGAUUUGACCAGAAUACUGACUACAAUUAUUUGGGUUGCUUCAGGUCAACAUGCAGCAAUAAACUUUGGACAGUACCCUUUUGGAGGGUAUAUUCCAAACCGUCCUACCCUCAUGCGGCAACUUAUCCCUCAAGAAAAUGAUCCCGAGUUUCAAAAGUUCCUUAAGAGUCCCCAAGCUACAUUCCUCUCGUCUCUACCUUCUAAACUUCAAGGUACUAAAGUGAUGGCCGUCCAAGACACAUUGUCAACACAUUCCCCAGAUGAAGAGUAUCUGGGGCAGGUGCAUGGUCAUUGGAUUGAUGACCAACAGGUUAGAAACAUGUAUGAGAGAUUCGCCUCUCGUUUGAAGGAGAUUGAAGAGAUAAUACAUCGAAGGAAUAAGGAUUUUAGUCUGAGGAAUAGAACUGGUGCUGGUGUCCCUCCAUAUGAGCUGCUUCUACCCACUUCUGGUCCGGGAGUCACUGGCCGUGGCAUCCCUAAUAGCAUUUCCAUCUGAACAGGAACCACUAUUAUACUUCGAAUUCUUUUGUAAAAAUUUGCUAAAUAUUCUGGCAAACCUUUCUUGAAAUAAUUUUUCCAUUAUGAAGAUAUGCUGUCUAUCAUUAACUCGCAUAGUUAUCAGUUUUGCGAAAUAAAACGUGGAAUGGUGCUGUAAGUUGAUUGGCUUAAUGAACCCCUUCCAGAAAAAGUUGGGCUCUAAUUUAUUUCA